ACCAUCAUCAUCAUCAUCACUGGUUGCCGAUUAUCCACCAGGAAGUGAGCUCAGAGUCGCCAUGCGCCUCUCAUUGCUCACCUCUACUAGAAUCUCCCUGACAACAUGAAAAACCGCUGGUUGUGGCACAUCCUGCCACUGGCGCUACUGCUGCUGCUGCAAGCCUUCCUAGUUGACUGUUAUGAUCAAACCGAUGAUUUAUCCUCCACGAUAGAUGCUGUACAUGAAUCCCAGACGCCAUUCGUCCAGUCCUCAAGCCGGUCUGAGGACGCUCAACUCCCACUGGGCCAAGAACGCGUCGAACAUGCCCUUCGAAUCCUCCGAGACUCCAAACUCUCCGUCGUCGCCCCGGACACGAAACCCUCCGGCCUGGUGGGGUACGCCUGGUACUAUGCCCAGGAAGCUUUCCGGAUCCUCUUCAUGAACGCACCGAGCUCAUCGUCGGACGGUUACCACGCUCCCAAGCAAAAGAUUCACCCGGAUGUCGCUAAAGCCGUGCACGAGCUCACGAUCGCCGCGGAGGAGGCGCACAAUCCGGACGCGAUGUUCCUGCUCGCGGAGAUGAACUUCUACGGCAACUUCACGCACUCGCGCGAUUUCCAACGGGCCUUCCACUGGUACCAGGCACUGGCGUCUGCCACGGGCAACAGCACCGCCCAGUAUAUGCUGGGGUUCAUGUACGGCACGGGCGUGGGCGGCUCCGUCCAGCGCGACCAGGCCAAGUCGCUCCUGUACCAUACCUUUGCGGCGGAGGCCGGCAACACCCGGUCGGAGAUGACGCUGGCGUAUCGCCACCAUCAGGGCGUCGGGGCCCCGCGCGACUGCGACCAGGCGACCUAUUACUACAAACAGGUGGCCGACAAGGCGAUCGCGUAUCUCCGGUCCGGCCCGCCGGGCGGCCAGAGUAUGAUCCGUGAGUCGUACCGGUGGGCGGACGAGGAAGGUGGCGUCUACGGAGAGGGCGCCAGUGUGUCGACGGCGGGGUUGCGAGAUUCGGCGCACUCGGGAGCCGACGCGAAUUUGGAGGAUGUCCUUGAGUAUCUGGAUCUGAUGUCGCGCAAGGGCGAGCUGAAGGCCACGUUCAGUCUGGGCAAGAUGUACUACGAGGGCGGGCGGGGCUUGCCGCGCAAUUUCCGACGGGCGAUGCGGUAUUUCAAGCAGGUCACUCGGCGGUAUUGGAAUCAAGAUGGCUCCGUGAACCCAAACCACCCCCAGGGAAUCGAGAAGUUGGCGGCGAAGGCGGCGGGUCAUGUCGGACUGAUGUAUCUGCGCGGGGAAGGCGUGGAGCAGAAUUUCGCGACGGCGUCCAGCUGGUUCCGGCGGGGACUGGCCAACGGCGACGCGCUAUGCCAGCAUGAACUUGGCUUGAUAUACCUGCAUGGGUAUGGCGUGACGCCGGACGCUUUCCGGGCGGCCUCGUACUUCCGGUCGGCGGCGGACCAGGACUUUCCGGCGGCCGAGACGAGACUGGGCGCCCUUUUCUUGGACCAAGGGGACGUCCCGACCGCCACUAAGUACUUUGAAUUGGCGGCCCGAUGGGGUUCGAUGGAGGCGUUCUAUUAUCUCGCCGAACUGUCCAACAACGGGGUCGGCCGCAAGCGGCACUGCGCGAUGGCGGCCUCGUAUUACAAGAUGGUGGCGGAGCGAGCGGAGGCCAUCCAUUCUUCGUUCGAGGAGGCCAACACGGCGUAUGAGAACGGGGACAAGGAGCGGGCGCUCAUCCCCGCGAUGAUGGCGGCGGAACAGGGCUACGAGCACGCGCAGUCGAAUGUGGCGUUCCUCCUGGAUGAGCAGCGCUCGCUGGUCUCGCUGGAUUCGAUCCUCCCGGGAGCAGCCAAGAAGAGUCGACCGGCCCUACUCCGCAACGCCGCGCUGGCUCUAAUCUACUGGACGCGGUCGGCCAAGCAAGCGAACAUUGACUCCCUGAUCAAGAUGGGCGACUACUAUCUUAGUGGUACGGGCAUCGCGGCGGACGCCGAGAAGGCCUCGACCUGCUACCACACCGCCGCGGAAGCACACUACAGCGCUCAAGCGUACUGGAAUUUGGGGUGGAUGCACGAGAACGGUGUGGCGGUCGACCAGGACUUCCACAUGGCGAAGCGGUACUACGAUCUGGCGUUGGAGACCAGCCCGGAGGCUUAUUUGCCGGUGAAGCUGAGUUUGUUGAAGUUGCGGAUGCGGGGGUAUUGGAAUUGGCUUACGAAUGGGGAUAUCAAUCCCAUCCAAGAAGAAGAGGCCAAGCCCCACCGCACCUUCAAGGAGUGGAUCGCCGCGUUCAUUGAAAAUGACGAAGAAGAGGAAGCCAAUUACCGUGCUCAGCUGUACAAACGGGGUGAGGACGAGGAGGAAGAUCUGAUGUCGGCGGGGCGCGGGUUGGAUGAGCGCCAUAACCACGAGGACGGCUACUAUGAUGAUCUGGACUUGGAUAUCGAUGAGAGCGUGCUGGAGGGGCUGAUCAUUGUUGGGCUGGCGGCGACCUUGUUGAUACUGGUGUAUAUGCGACAGCAGCGGAAUCGCCAGAGACAAGAUGGUGGGAAUCUGGCUGUGGCUGGUGGCGGCAAUGGCGAUGGCAAUGGCAAUGGCAAUGGCAAUGGGAUUGGAAAUGGCAACGGGGUUGGCAAUGGCAAUGGCAAUGGCUUUGGGGAUCGGGGGUUCUUCCCUCGACCUGGCGAUCCAGAGUUCGCGCAAUGGGCGGCGGGGGGAGUAGGACAUUAGAAUAGUUGAUUGGUGAUGAAGAAAUUGUAGUUGUGUUGUUGUGAGUUUGUCUUCUAGAUCUUCGAC